GCUGGGAACAGUAGAAGAGGAGCUUGGAAGGAAUCUGUAGCAAAACAGAGCAAGAUGCAAACUCUGCAACCUGAGCCAUAUUCUUAUGCCCAGAGAUCAUCAGUGGGUUUUGUUGGAGUAGGAAGAUUAGCAACCAUGACAACCUCAGCUCAGCACCAGCUUACGGUAGGAUGCUUGAAGGAAGCUGAGCAGGCUUGUAGGGUGGAGGGAGAACUGUGGACGCAACUACAUCGCAGGCAGAGAGAAGAUGAGUUCUGUUGGAGAGCUCAGGCUAUCAGGGAUAUGAGACGACUAGCUGCAGCUUUCAGAUUGUGGCGCCUGCAGAAGGAGCUACUGAGCAAAGAGGAAGCCAGAUUGGAGGAAGCCCGAGCCCUGCUGAAAAUAAAGCAGCUACGAAACAUUUUCCAGGUGUGGCGGUCACGGUGCUUGGAAAUGGAACAGAUUUUAGCACUGGCAACUCGGAUCCAAAGAAAUCUGGUUUCUCGGUGCUUUAAUGCUUGGAAGGAGACUGUUGAGCAGAAGGCACUUCACAGGUGUAACCUGGCCCAUCUCCGAGCAGGCUUGCUGAGGAAAUACUUUCAGCAGUGGGUUCGAAUACUGCAGGUCAGGGAGGAUGAUAAGCAGAUAAUAGUGAACCUCUUCAACGUGAGAUGGAGGCAGUAUUACGGGUCAGCUAUAAGCUCUGUAACUGACCAGGCUGCAACAAAGAGACAUGAAGCUCAGCCAUGGUGGACUGUAAUGAGACGGUUUCCUGAGAAAGCAGGCUACUCUCUUGAUGACCUCUGCCAAAGGGUGAAACUCCAGAGGGUAUUUCUGCUGUGGAAAACAAGGUUCUGCGAGCACCAGAGAGCCAAUUCUUUCUCUCAGGCUUUGGAGCAGUGCCGGCUGAGAGAAGCUCUGAGGUUGUGGUACCAAAUGUUUCUUAUGGUGAAGACAGUUAAACAAAGUCCUAAGUACUCUCAAAAGGCUGUCCAUAAAGAUCCUCUUGCCUUGCUAGUUUCUGAGGACCUCUCAACAUCUUCUGGCUUCCACAGCAGUGCUCCAACUACUUUUGCCUCUCAAAGCUCAUUGGAAAAGGAAUACAGUCUUAGUGACAGCAGCCAACAGAGCUUUUCCUCCAUUCUGACUGCUGAGGAUGUCACACAAAUGCCCUAUUACCGUUCUUUACUGCAACUACACCAGUGCACAGAGCUGCCAGCUGAGCUCGGUGAAGAACUCUACUUGCAAGCCUCCUUUCCUCCACAGAGUCCUGGAUCGAGAGGAAAUUGGUUUGUGGGAAGUCAGUUCCAGUCUUUGGCACUGCAUACUCCAGGCAGUAAUGUCCAGCCUUUUGCCAGUUACUCCACGUGGGAAGAGGACUGCAGUUCUGACAAGGAAGUGAAGUGUUGCUGGCACCAAGUAGAGAAAUGCUACCUGCAGAGAUACUUCUUCAUCUGGUCAACUCGAACUCAGCAGCUUGUGAAGGCCCAGCAGUACUGCAGGUUUAUUCAGCUCUCUCGGCCGUUUCUGAGCUGGCAUCACUGGGUUGUGGAGAAGAAGAACCGAAAAGCAGCAGCAUCCCUAAAACGUCACGUUCAUUGCUCUCGGAUGGCUUUCAGCCUGUGGAAAAAGAGACUGUCCCAGAAAAUGGAAGCUGAGCGGAGAUUCAGGUGUCAUGUCCACCAGACAGCUGCUGACACUUUGUGGCGCUGGCAUUCCUUCUGGCAAAGGAAUUGUGCCAUGAGAGAGCUGCAGCAGCAAUGGGCUCAGCACAGCUGUCGGGAGAAGAAGAAAUGGGUCGUGAAGACAUGGUCUUGCCAAACAAGGAAGCAGAGAAAUGUUACUUUAUUCUGGGAACGUCUUCUACUGCGCAGGUACCUGAUCACCUGGUCCCACAUCACUGCCCAUAGGCUGAGAGAGCGUGAAACCCUUUCUUGUUUUGAAAGUGCCAGAGAACACCAUCUCCUAGCAGUGAGUUUUGCCCAGUGGAGGGUGGAAUUCUUGAGAGCUAAACAGCAGCUGCUGGGAGAGGGAAACCACAAGCAGCAGGCACCCUGUCAGGCUAAAGCGUGUCAUCGCUGGCGAUUGGCCUCAAGGGGACAGCAAGCCCUGCGCCUAGGUUCCAUGGCCACGAUGGAACAGGCCUGCAAUUACUGGACAAAAGCAGCUGCCUUUUCCCAGUGCUCACGGCAAUGCAGUACCCUGAUAGGCGCUAGGAAGAGCAGGAAGAUGUCUCUGUCUUGGUCCAUGAAGAGGAGAGGACGCAGAGAAAAACGUUCACCAGCAGCACCAGCUACCCCCUUUGGGCUUUUUCCCAGUGCCAUUCACCGCUGGCUGAUGAUCUACAGACACCAAAGCAGGGUGGAAAGGCUGCCACUCCAUCAGCUAGUAGAGAGACCUGAUAUGGUGGGAUUUACUCCUGCACAUGCUGGGACUCAGGAAAACAACUCUGAGGUGGGCUCUGAGGAGUCAGAUGAGAAGUGGCUUGGAAGGAAGUAUCUGAGGUGGUGGCGUCAUACAGUGAUGCUCCGGCAGUGCCAGCGUGGCAGGAGGCUGCGCUGCCUGGCAAGGGGAUGGCAGCAGUGGAAGGAGGCCAGCAACAUGGCACUGCUGGCGCAGGUGUUGGACAAGCAGCGGCUCAUGGAAAAGGCCUGGAGGACAUGGAGACGACAACACUUGCAAAGUUGUGUAGUGCAGAGUGCUUUGGAGGAAGAAGCCAGGAGCCUACUCAUGCACGCCUUUGGAAGGUGGCAGCAGCUAACAAGAUUCCAGCUGGAGAACAAAGGACACUGCUGAGUGGUGGGGGCCUGCUUGCAGCUGAUCAUUUCAGGACACGUGGAGGAUACAGUCAGCUUCCACAGCAAAGAUUUGAUCCUGUGAAAUCAAGAGAGCAUGGAACACUGCCUACACCAUUAAAGUAAUGCUGCAGGCCAGAAGCAUGAUAGCCAAAGGAUAACCAGCAAGUGAUGGUAUCUAGUGAAAGGUCCUCUUUAAAGGACUGAUAUCGUACCUCCCUGCAGCCACAAAUUUGAAUCCUGUUCCCUUUUGUUAUGAGGUUGCAUUCAUUUCUCAUUUUGAUCCUGAUUUCGUUGAUUGGAACUCUGA